AUGUGUUAUCAGAAAGAUGAAUGCUACCGCGGAAUGUUUUGUGGGCGACUGCGAGCCAUUACACUAAAAUGGCCAAGUCACGACGAAAAAAAAGAAAAGGAAGAACAAAUUCCGGCAGUUGUGCAUCUUCGUGCCUGGUUUGGAAAAGUAGCCGAUCGUAGCCACUGGGAUAAGGUUGUUGAGCCCGGCGUUGUGCAGUAUUUUGCAGAGGUCUUCGAAAACCAGCGACGUCGUGUAGGCAAUCAUUGGGAGGAGACAAGCGGGAGAAAAGGCCAUAUUCACAGAGGUGAACCGUACGCUCGAUCAGACGAAACAGGAAUUAUUCGAAUGACCGAAAGUGAUGUAAGAUUAUCGAAUGGCUGGUCCUACAAGGGCCCUUGGAAGAUAAUGUUUUGUCACGAUAUGUGGGUGGGCCCAGAUGCUGGUCAUCCGCAAUAUGAAGAUGAAAUUUUUGAAAUGCAAGAGAAACAGGACGAUCGGUGGAAAUAUCUAUAUUACACAGACGCUACUGGAAACGCUAUAGAACAUGCUCGAGGUCGAAGUGCUCCUCCAGGUUGGCAGUGGGUUGGUGAUUGGACGAUUGACCUGUUCUGCGCAGGCGAUGCAGAAGGAUGGUCUUAUUCUUCCGAUGCAGCUAAUUUUGCUAGCGACGAGGCUGUCAUUGACUACAGAGAAAGAUUCACGCCGUUUGUUGAUUUAACAUGA